AAACUUGAAGUGCGUAUCCGAAAAUAUGAGAAUCUGCCAAAGGAGUCAGAGUUCAGGGACGAGAAGUAUCGAGCAGCGCUCACAGAGUCCUUGAUGUCGCAGGAUGAGGAUGAAGUGAAUGAGCAGGGGCAAAAGACAGGACGCUUUAUAUCGCAUGCUGGAACAUAUCGAAGUGGUGUUAUGUCGAGGUUCUUGGCUGCUGUUGACGAGGCUGUGGAUCCACAACCACCUCCUCGCUUCACUGCUCGUGUGAAAGGCGAUCCAAAAGAGCUUCCUAUCUUAGCUGCCAAGAAAAUCGAAAAUCGAGCGCGCCGAUGGAUGGUAUCAGCAGAGUGGCUCGCAAAAGAAGAAAACAAGAAGUACGACUCACCUAGUUAUAUCCUGGACAAUGGACGUGCAUGGGGAGAUCCAAAAGAUCCUGAGGAGAUGGUGGCAGGCCAGAAGCGAGUCAAGGAACAGAAGAGGCUGAUUGCGUCAAAGAAGCGCGUGAAAAUUGAGGAGAUGGAGGCGAAGAAGAAGGAAAAUGGGACAAAGAAAGGUAAAGGCAAAUCAAAGAUCCGAGAGAGUAUCAUGCCUGCUCCAGCACAGCCAGUAGCGAGUACUAGCACAGCUCGUGAGCUGCCUCCAGCUGCGGAGUCAGAUGAUGAGUUCAGUGACUACUAG